AUUUAUAUACGUAAAUUCGCGUAAAAAGCGCGUGGCGGGGUGGCCCGGGACCCUUGCGAUUUGCUUAUUCACAUUAACUUAUUACCUGCUGACAUUGCUCAGGCGCUAUCAGUGGCCUUCUUGGCAGACAUAUGCCCCUGGACAAGCAUGGUGUCCCUCAAAUUCAUGACCCUCGGUUUGUUCUCUUUACUAAGAUAGAGUUCCUCAGCAUCAUCUUCUCGCCGCUAUCCCUCGGCCCAACCAAACUCUCUAUUGUCUGCUUCUAUCGACGGAUUUUUCGUGGCUCUAAGUUCUCCAUUCUCACAAGUAUUCUCUUAGCUGUUAUCGCUUCCUGGGCCGCUGCUUUCUUUUUCGCCGGGCUUCUCAUUUGUGUUCCUGUUGAAGCUUUCUGGACCCAGGAUCCAGCUGCUCGGUGCUUUGUGCCCAUUCCAUUAUUCUACACAGGUGCCAUAUCUGAUACCAUUGUGGACGUCAUUAUCUUGUCGAUUCCCGUGCCGCUGGUGUGGAAGCUCAACCUACCGACGAAGCAGAAGAUCAGUGUCAGUCUCAUCUUUUUGCUAGGCGCAUUUAUUAUCGGGAUUAGCGCUGCACGAAUAGCGCUAUUUGUCCACGCAGGGACAAGUUUGAAAGAAGCUACAGACAUAUCAUAUGACACAUCACCAACACUAUACUGGUCUCAACUCGAAUGCUCUGUGGCUGUGAUCUGCGCCUGCUUGCCGACGCUACGCAUUGUUCUUAAUGACGUUUCAGUCAAGAGUCUUCGUAAUUUUGCUAGCAAGUUCUCGCUGCGGGGUAUUUCGACAAAAGCUCCAUCUCAACAGAGCAUUCAGCAAUGGAGUGAUAGUCUAACUAAACCAGACAGCUUGUCAGCGGCGCUUAGGUCGAGCGGUUACAUGGCAGCUGUACAGUCCGAACCUUCUAGCCACAUAUCGGAAGGCAUCACGGCAAACAAAAAUGUUCAUCAAUGCUCUGAGGCCUGCUAGUUAGAGAUUGUCUACGCGGUGUUACUGAUAAUGUGCAACCAUGGGCUACUAGGGAAUGAACUUAGGUAGUGUUUUAGUGUCAAGAGAAGUUGUGACUGUUUCGAAUAUGAGUUGGUUCCUUCAUCAGAUUCUCGGGCAGCGCCGCAGCAGCUAUCUGCGAUAGCUUCGCUGGGGAAUCAAUGUGACUACAAUAACGCGAUACUGAUAAUUAACGGCCAUUACUAUGAAAAAUAUCUAUCGAUUUAGCUUAGUGAAUUAAGUACAUGGGAUGUCAACCCCUGGUGUUAAGAUCAACCCAUCCAAGCCAUGUCCAAGCCCAUUCCCUCCAGCAUGCAUCUUACUACACCUUUUCAUAACAAAUCUAAUUCUCUUCACAUAGGUUACUAAGUCAAAGCCAACAGCUCCUUUAUUAUCUGUCGAACCCUGGUUGUUCU